AUGUCUUCUCAGAAAUCAAGCCUACUCCAAACGGUCCUCCUGGGCGAUGACCUCCCCCUAUCCAACCGCAUCGUUAUGGCGUCAAUGACCCGCAACCGCAACAUCGACAACAUGAAGCCCACGCAGCUCACAACUACAUACUACACUCAACGAGCUUCCGCCGGCCUCAUCAUCUCCGAAGGCAUGCACAUAUACCCACAAGCCACUCAAUGGGAACACGUCCCGGUGAUGUACGAGGCUGAACACGCCCAAGCCUGGAAGCCAGUAACAGCGGCGGUUCACGAUGCCGGUGGCAAGAUUUUCAUGCAGAUAUGGCAUGCCGGCCGAGCGCAGAAUGAGAAGAUGAAGUGGGUGAAGCAGGAUGGAAGCUUUCCGGGCGUUCUGGCUCCGAGUAAAGUCAAGGCAGUGGGAGGGAGGUUCAGGACUGGAGAUGGAGGACAUUUGGAGAACACCGAGAACUUGACCGCCAUCGAGGAUCCGAGGACUGUGGUCGAGCAAUACAAGAAGUCCGCAACUCUUUCCGAGGACGCAGGUUUCGAUGGCGUGGAGGUGAUUGCUCUGGGAGGCUACCUCGUACACAGCUUCAUGAACUCAAGGGCCAAUCUCCGGACCGACGAAUAUGGUGGUUCCGUCCAAAACCGCUGUCGAUUUCCGCUCGAAGUCGUCGAUGCGAUGAUAUUGGUCUACGGCCAACGUCGAGUUGGGGUCAAGAUCAGCCCAUUCGACUGCUACAACGACUCGGCAGCCACGUACGAAGAGUGCAUGGGGACGUUCACGUACCUCGUUGAACAACUUGUGCAAAGACAGAUCGCAUACAUCUGCUUGAGUCGUCGAGCAGUCGAGCCGUUUCUUGGUCGUCGACCUGAUGGGUUUCAUUUGCCAGCUGGAACGGAUCCUGUCGACAUCUUUGGCCCGAUGGUCAAAAAUGCUGGCAGCAAGACCAUUCUGAUGGUCAAUGAUGGCUACACUCCGGGUGAAGCAGAGAAGCUUGUGGAGGCUGGGAAGAUCGACUUGAUUGCAUUUGGGAGACUGUACAUUCCCAAUCCAGACCUGGUGACAAGAAUUGAGAAAGGACUUCCGUUGGCUGAGAACGAUCGAGGUAACCAUGUCCAUUAUGGCCCAUUCAGAAGUCCGGAGGAAGACUACAUUGACUGGCCUGCUUCAGGUUCGUCUUGA